AUGAGCAGAUCUUCAGUCAGCCGGACACUGGUCCUCGUCAUACUUUUUGUCUGUCUGUGUCACGUGGUUUUGUCAGACAAAAGUUUUUUACACAGACAAAAAAGAGGAUUCCGAGGAGAUGCGGCCACUAGAGUUGCUCACGGUUUUGGAAAGAGAGACUACUUAAAUUCGCGGCCGGAGUCCUCGUUACAGUACACUCUGGGAGCUGCAGACAACUCGCCACAUUCUCUGGAGGACAUCAGUGACGGGACACUGAUGACUGUGGCAAAUUUCGCCGAGCUCCUCACGAAACAUCCAAACCUUGGCAAGGCUUUGUUAAAGAAAUUCGUUGAUAUUGACGGUGAUGGCCUCAUAUCAACAGAAGAACUCUUCCGACCAGUGCUGAAGAAGUGA